CCGAGUACGCCAGUGAUCUUAUGGGUGAUUCUACUGAGAAAGAGCCGUUUUGGUCGCUAGGCUACGUACCUGGUCGCAAAGCGGGAGAUGGCAAGAUUUGUCUCACCUUAUCACCUAGUCUAGUCUGAGUAGCAAACUCUAUUCGCCUGAGACAAACCUCCAUCAAGCUUUCUAUUUGACUGGUGUAUAUUUCUCCUCUGACCUCUAAACCACCAACUAUGACAGCUAUGGCUACCCAGAGCAAAAUCCCUAUGGCUUCAGAAAGCGAGUACUAUGAGGUCCGGCCCAUUCCUGGCAAGGGCUACGGCUGCUUCGCGUUGAAAGCUAUGAAGCGCGGAACGCGUAUUCUAGCCGAAGAACCACUACUGGUCGUCCCCAUUGCCGAGUACCUGCAAUCCGAUAUCCAACAGGCCUUCGACAAGCUAUCACCCGAACAGAAAGACAUCUACUUUUCGUUGCACUCUGGGCAUGGUCAGGAUCCGAAAUUGUGGCCAUCUAGGAUCCACCCAACAGUGGAGGGCAAGGAGCGUCAACGUAUCAAGGAGCAACACGAUGCCAGGACAGGCAAGCAACCGUCGCUCAUUAGCAUCUUCCAGACGAACUGCAUGGAGUGGAACAAGGGCGCGGCAGUCUUUCCGAAUGCAGCCAGGUUCAACCACUGCUGCAACCCCAACGCCUGCUUCACCUGGAACUCUGCGCUUGGUAAGGAAACCAUCCACAUCAUGAACGACGUCGAAAAGGAUGAGGAGAUCACACUGUCUUACUGCGACAUGAUCCACGACAAGACGCUCCGAUUGUGGGAGCUCAAGCACUACGGCUUCACCUGCGACUGCCGAGCCUGCACCGGGGACGAGGACGACGAGACUACCUUUGCGUAUCACAGUGCUUUGAGGCGCUUCAGGCUGCAGGAACUUGAACGCGAGACCCGGUUUCUACGAGGGCCUAAGUUGUACGAGGGCGCGGUUCAACCGGACUUUGUCAGGCAGCUGCUCCAGCUUGCGGCGCUCCACCAGGAGGAGGGUGACUAUACAGCCAGGCUGGCCAGCGUGUUUCUUGAUCUCGCGCUCGUCUGCGAGGUCAGCGGCGAUCUCAAGAUGGCCGAGGUGGCUGCUGGCAAAGCCGUCCAAGUCAAGAAGGACUGCCAGGGCGCCGACUUUCCGGACUACAAGAAGUACGUGGAGGUACUGGAGCGUGUCAAGGUGAAGCUGGGUCAGCAGGAAGUGUGA